AUUACAAAGAUUUGUACGUGUGCUUACAGCUCGUUAUUAUGCCAGAGCUUGUAUUUAUUCUAGGGGAGGGCAGCAAAGGUUACGUAACUCAGAUCAACACACGUAAAUGACUGCAAACCAUAAAUAGCACAUCAAUGUCAUAGAAGACUCUCAACUUCUCCGUCAUUCAAUUUAUAUAAACAAAAGUUACUUCAGCAGUUCCCAAAAUUCUCAUUUACGGUCGGUGAAGUCCAGGAACGUUCGUACUUACACAUAUACACUGCCUUGAAUAAUCUCCCUUGAAAAACUGGGGUGGACGAGGUCAACAUGCUGUAGCCUGACGACGAUACCGUGUCCGUACCCAGGAGCAGCGAGUGUCGACUAAGCUGACACACCUGGCUGACGAAAAACUAAGCAUUCUUUAGGACAGUCGUACGCACAGAUAUAUGUGUGUAUAUCCCUGUUGGAGAGCUCCCAUCCUGCUGUAUUCUCUAUGACAACUAGAUUUCCCUCUCGCGCCCAUAGUCUGUGGGUAUGGAGCUGCGCUAGGUACCUUUCUAAAAAUCAUGAGUACAGACCAGGCCUGAGGUAGGAUCCUGCUAGUACCCAACCUCAAGGUGACAACACUGAUUUUCGCCUGCUAUUUAUGAUACAUUGUUAGCGUAAAUCACGCCAUUCACUGCUCGCGUCGACGGAAGAGCGGGAGGGAGGAUAAGUGCAAGAUGGAGGGUCAAAUAACCAUACAGUGUGAGCAGUUUCCACACAAUGGCUUCAAAAGGUGAAUUGAUUUUCUGCUAUGGCACACUGAAGAAAGGCCAACCAAACAACAAGAUCAUAAUCGAUGAAACAACUGGACAUGCCAAAUUUAUUUGUCAAGGUUGUGCUAAGCACAAAUAUCCACUAAUCAUUGCAAGUGAAUACAACAUUCCCUAUCUGCUGUAUGCAGAAGGCAAGGGCUAUAAUGUGCGAGGAGAUGUUUAUGAAGUUGAUGAAAAGAAAAGAGACUUUUUAGAUGACUUUGAAGGACACCCAACAUACUAUGAGCGCAUGCUAACUGAAAUUGUGGUGAAUAAUGAAAAUGCCUUUGAUGGUGAAAAACAGCCGAAGACUUUGAUGUGCUGGGCUUACUUUCUAAAGGAUUUUAACCAGGACUUACUGGAUCUAAAGUUCUAUCAGAAUUAUGACAAUUUUGGAUCUCAUGGUCAGAGAUAUGUAGAAGGUUAUUUGAGACCUCAGUCUGCAGAUGAAACAAUUAAAAAAUAUGUAAAGGGUUGAUUUUUUGUUUGAGUGUUAAGUUGUUUAUGAAAGGACCGGUGUUACAUAUCUGGGAUAGUUAACAGAAAAAGGAAAAAAGGAAUCAAAGUUGCUUCAUAGUCUCUUGCAGUUAUUAGAGUUAUCUGUACUAGUCAGAUCAGUCUAAAAGUUCAAACUUGUACAUUUAAAAAAUUUGUAAAAUCUAAAAUUUUCGAGUUAAGACUUAUUUUGUCGUGGUGGGUCACAUGUGGCGAACAGAUUUUUAAUUACUAUGCUGCUAAACAGUGGAACUCUCUCCCCUCUGUAUCUGCCAUCUACACACCAUCGAAACCUUUAAACAUUCUCUAAAAGCAUCUGUUCCUUGAGCAUUAUUUGUAACAUUCCACAUACUACUAGUCCACCUAACCUUUUUUUCUUCUUUUCCCGUCUGUUAACAAGUCUGCCUGCUUGUCUUCUCUACAGACUUUACUGUUUAUUCCCUGAUUCCUCUUUAAUUUUCUGUGUUAGUCUUUUAUUGCUAAUCUGCAUGGUAGUUUAUCCUUCUUUUCAACAUAUGCUGUCCAUGUGUCAUUCUCGUUUCCAGCACCAAGAGCAUGCUUAUCAUGGUAUUAUCAGUUUGCUGCCACUUGCGUUUCUUUGUUGUGCGGUUGACUGUUGGUUUUUGUGUGGUAUUUUAUGCUCAGUGCGUUGCGCUUAAAUCCACACAAGCAUAUGUGGUCUACAAAUUCAAUUAUAUAUGGCGUUGAUGUAUAACAUGAUAAAAGGCAAGUAUCAGAUAUAUGAAGCAAAUAAGGAAACCUUUGAUGAUAUUUAUUUCAUGUACUUACCGUUGCAUUUUAUAAUCAUGACAUUAGAAUCACAUAUAGCUUUACUUAAGCUGACCUUGUUCAGGAUUUUAAAGUGCAAUGUGACAGGUUUCAUUUUGCAGUGAGAAAACAGAAACCUUUAAUGACCUCAAGAUGGCAUGUUUCUUGUGUCAAAUCUUUUGAGUUUUUAAUGAAAUAUGUUCUUGAAAACAAAGAUCACAAAGAACGUCAAUUUAAAACAUUACAAAAUAAAUAAUGAUAUGCAGAUGUAUGUUCAAGCGAAAUGUAUUAUCAGCAUGUUUGAAAAAGGCAUAAACUUCAGAGUAAGUGGAAGUUCGUAUGAUUUUGAAGUUCAGUAUAACUAUAAUUUUCUGGCAGUAUUUUAUACUGAGUAAAUGUGUCCAUUAUUUUGCACUUGUAUAUUUGUAAAUGAAUUUCAUGUUUUCUUUUUUUUGCACAAACACAUAUCUGCACAGAAAGAUUAGGACAAAAUAAUGAAGUGCUAGUUACAUUUUAGUGUAAACUGUGAAAAUAUAACAGAUUCUUAAAGGUGUAAAUAUUAAAAUAGUGUGUUUGCUUAGGCUUCCAGUGUCAUACAAUUUUACAACGUUCAGGACUACAUUUUAAAUUUUAGUAUACAAUGGGUGUGUGCAUUAAUGUUGCUUACUGAUAAGUUGUCUUCAUUACUGUUAACAUAAUGUCAAACAUAACCUCAACUUCUUUGCUUGACAAACAUUUUGUACAAAGCCUUAUGUUAUCUUAAGGAUACAUGAAUUUUGCAAUUCACUUUUUUAAAAUAGUCUCUUUUAGUUGUUAACCUCCCACCUUUUUUUUUGUUUUGUUUUGAAGCACUUUGUUCAUCGGAAGUAUCUAUGACCAGAUACUUUACACCUGCUUUCCAGACUUUUAUUUGGAAAGUGUGCAUUAAUAAUAAUUGAAUUUGUAAAGUGCUAAAUUUCCCUGUGACGAUCCAAGCUUAAUGUACUUUUAUUUCUGGUUAGUAUUAAUACAUUAUAUUUGCUAGUAAAUAUUGGCUAUGACAGUAGAAGCACAAAAUAUGUUUUAAAGAAAUUAUUAUAGAUUUUUGCCAUGUGAUCCAUUUACAGAAUACAAGCUAUGUUAAACAG